CUGGUGCUUUGGUUUUUACUCAAGAAUAGUUUCAGUCUUAGAGCACUAUAUCGGAUUAUAUAUACACGUUUAACGUAGCUUCUGAGAUUGAGUACGUCAGAAAUAACAAUUUAAGAGUUUGGGACCGAGUCAAGUGGGUCAGUGUUUGAUGAACGUUGAAGGGUCGUUGCUUGAUUUUGUUUGUCUGAGGUUUGAGUUUGUUGCUGUAUUGUUUUGCUGUCCUGGGAGAUAAUCUGGGCAAAUUCUAUAAUAAUUCCCACAACUUUUUUUUUUCUUCUUUUUCUUCUUUUUUCAUUUUCUUGUUCUGACCGUACACCAAGAAUUCUGCCCAAGAAGCCACGGUCCAGUUAGAGUGGCCCCAAACUCCCAAUCUGAUUUUGGUUCUCUACUGAUUGGUUUGACUUAUCAGUGGUUAAAAGAUGAAAGGAGCUGCACUGGUGGCUAUAGCUGCAACCAUUGGUAACUUUCUCCAAGGCUGGGAUAAUGCUACUAUUGCUGGGGCUAUUGUUUACAUAAAGAAGGACCUUGUCUUGGAAAGCUCAGUAGAAGGUCUUGUGGUGGCCAUGUCACUCAUUGGAGCAACAGCUAUAACCACAUGCUCAGGAGCUGUAUCAGAUUGGCUCGGAAGGAGGCCAAUGCUGAUAAUCUCAUCUGUGCUCUACUUCAUUAGUGGUUUGGUAAUGCUGUGGUCACCAAAUGUGUAUGUCCUGUGUAUAGCCCGGCUUUUAGAUGGAUUUGGUAUCGGUCUUGCUGUUACUCUUGUCCCUGUCUACAUAUCUGAGACUGCUCCAUCUGAUAUAAGGGGAUUGUUAAACACCCUUCCUCAGUUCACAGGCUCCGGCGGCAUGUUUCUGUCGUAUUGUAUGGUGUUCGGGAUGUCGCUGUUGCCAUCACCAAGCUGGAGAUUGAUGCUUGGAGUACUUUCCAUUCCCUCUCUUAUCUAUUUUGUUUUGACAGUAUUUUACUUGCCUGAAUCUCCUCGGUGGCUUGUUAGUAAAGGCAAGAUGCUUGAGGCGAAAAAAGUUCUUCAGCAGUUACGCGGAGUGGAAGAUGUUUCAGGGGAGAUGGCGUUGCUGGUAGAAGGUCUUGGAAUUGGAGGAGAGACUUCUAUAGAGGAGUACAUAAUAGGCCUUGCCCAUGACCUCCAUGAUGGUGAUGAAGCAACUGAGAAAGACAAAAUAAAGUUGUAUGGACCGGAAGAAGGACUUUCCUGGAUUGCCAAACCCGUAACUGGACAGAGUUCUCUUGCUCUCAUCUCUCGCCAAGGAACCCUGGUGAACCAAAGUAUGCCUCUAAUGGAUCCUCUUGUGACCUUAUUUGGUAGUGUCCAUGAAAAGCUCCCCGAGACAGGAAGUAUGCGAAGUAUGCUUUUUCCUAAUUUCGGCAGCAUGUAUAGCACAGUGGAUCCUCAUGCUAAAAAUGAGCAGUGGGACGAAGAGAGCUUGCUGAGGGAUGGCGAGGACUACAUGACGGAUGGUGAUGGUGGAGGAGACUCGGAUGACAAUCUUCAUAGCCCCUUGAUUUCGCGUCAGACUACGAGUGUGGAAAAGGACACGGUGCCUCCUGCUUCCCAUGGCAGCAUUCUGAGCAUGAGGCGCCAUAGCACUCUUGUUAAUGGUGGUGCUGCGGAGACAGUUGGUAGUACAGGCAUUGGUGGUGGGUGGCAAUUAGCAUGGAAAUGGUCAGAAAGAGAAGGCGAGGAUGGAAAGAAGGAAGGAGGAUUCAAGAGGAUCUAUUUGCACGAGGGGGUCCCGGUUUCUCGGCGUGGAUCUCUUAUUUCAAUUCCUGGUGGUGAUAUGCCACCAGAAGAUGAGGUUAUCCAGGCUGCUGCUUUGGUAAGCCAGCCAGCUCUUUAUUCCAAGGAGCUUAUGGAGAAGUAUAACGUUGGACCUGCAAUGGUUCACCCUUCUGAAACUGCUUCGAAAGGGCCAGUUUGGGCUGCUCUUCUUGAACCAGGUGUUAAGCAUGCGUUGAUUGUCGGAAUCGGAAUCCAAAUCCUUCAGCAGUUUUCUGGAAUAAAUGGGGUUCUUUAUUACACUCCCCAAAUUCUUGAAGAGGCAGGCGUUGAAGUUCUUCUUUCAAACAUGGGAAUUAGUUCAGAGUCUGCAUCAUUUCUCAUAAGCGCAUUCACAACCUUCUUGAUGCUUCCUUGCAUAGGUGUAGCCAUGAGACUCAUGGAUGUUUCUGGUCGGAGGCGGCUGCUACUAACUACAAUUCCAGUGCUAAUAGUUGCGUUGGUAAUCCUAGUAAUCGGGAAUUUUUUGAGCAUGGGGUCAGUCAUCCACGCAGUGAUCUCAACCGUGUGCGUGGUGGUUUACUUCUGCUGCUUCGCGAUGGCGUAUGGACCAAUCCCAAACAUCCUUUGCUCCGAGAUCUUCCCCACAAGGGUCCGUGGCCUCUGCAUUGCCAUCUGCGCACUUGUGUUCUGGGUGGGCGACAUUAUCGUCACGUACACAUUGCCCGUCAUGCUUAGUUCAAUAGGGUUGGCUGGCAUCUUCGGCAUCUAUGCCAUCGUGUGCAUCAUCUCAUGGAUUUUCGUCUUCCUGAAGGUUCCGGAAACCAAGGGAAUGCCCCUUGAAGUCAUUACCGAGUUCUUUGCUAUUGGAGCAAGAGAAGUUGCUGAGGCCAAGAAAGACUAAAAAGAAGGUUUCUACAGUUGGCUGCUCUGCUACUCCUCCUGCAGCCUUGGCUCUCCUUCACUCUUCUAUUUGAAGAGUUUGGUAUUGUUAGUUGUGUAGCUUUUGAAAAUGGGGUAGCUUCGUUUUCAAGCAGAUCAACUCAUUAUUUUUUUUCCCCCUUCAAUACUGGAUUGGCUUAUAAUAGAAUAAUAAUUUAUUGGAGGAAGAUUCA